AUGCCAGAGAAUGUUCUAACAUAUCGCCUUAAAUCACUUCUGGAAAGAAAAAAUCUGCGUUGGCCUCCAGAAUCGGUAUCUAAAUUUGAUAUUAAAUGUGUAAGAACAGAUUCUAAGGGAACAUUUGCCAGCAUUGGUAUAACAGACCUAGCCUCGGAAUUACAAAGCUUCUUCGAUGAUUAUCGCAGACAGAAGAUUUUGGUGUUAAAAAAUAAUAUUAUUUCAAUCCUAAAUGAACUUAGGUCUACAACUUCUUCCAAAAAAAGAAGACCCAGCUUCUAUGAAGAGGAACAAACAGAUUCAUUCAUUUCUGUAGAUGAUUCACCUGAAAUAAACAUGGAGAAUCAUGUACGUUCCAAUACGCUAAAUAGCAGAAUACGCCAAGUGUAUAAAUCAAAUGUCAACGUAGAUAACUCAAAAAUCGAUUCACCUAAACGUAAAAUCCAGCUGGAUAAUAGAGAUAGUUCAUAUGAGGGUACUAUCUCAGACACCUUUACCUAUACUCCGGAACUGAAUAUCGCAACACGGUUAUCAGAUGUUGGUGGAAUAGAAAAUAUAAAAGCAGAAAUAGAAGAUUUAGUCAUCCGCCCAUUAAAAUAUUCAUUUCUAUAUGAACACCUUGGAGUUCAACCUACAAAAGGAAUCUUAUUAUAUGGUCCUCCUGGCUCGGGUAAAUCUAAGCUUGCAGAAGCCAUAGCAGGUGAAGUAGGUUGCCCUUUUUUCCGUAUAGCUUCUACCGAAAUAGUUACUGGAACUUCUGGAGAAUCGGAGAGUAGAAUACGCCUAUUAUUUGAUCAUGCUAAGAGGGUAGCUCCCAGCAUUAUAUUCUUGGAUGAACUUGAUGCCAUUACUCCAAAUCGCGAGAAUGCUACAAAAGGAAUGGAUUUAAGAAUCGUAUCCCAACUGGGAAUAUCGAUGGACAGCCUGACAGGUCAUUUUGUUGUAGUGAUUGGAGCGACUAAUCGCCAGGAGUUCGUCGAUCCGAUGAUAAGAAGAAAUGGACGAUUUGACCGAGAAAUACCAAUGGGAAUUCCAAAUCUGGAAUCAAGGAUUAGUAUUUUGAAGGCUUUAUCAUCAACUGCAUGUCUCGCAGAUGAUAUAAAUUUCGAAGAUAUUGCACAUAUGACUCCAGGAUAUGUCGGAGCUGAUUUACAGGCUGUUAUUAGAGAAGCCGCGAUGAUCUCUAUUUCACAACUUUUUGCCACUAAACAAGAAAUUGGACCUGAUUUUGACAAAGACUCUCUUAGAAUAACUCAAGAUGAUUUUUUAAGUGCUAUAGCUAAAGUACAGCCAAGUGCUAAGCGUGAGGGAUUUACAACAAUACCAGACAUAACAUGGGACAAUAUUGGUGCUCUAGCGGGUCUAAGGAAGGAGUUGGAACAACACAUCGUAUUUCCCAUCAAAUUUAGAAAUUUGUAUAAAACUUUUGGUGUGGGCGAUUCGGCUGGUAUUUUAUUAUAUGGCCCGCCUGGAUGUGGAAAAACACUGCUGGCCAAGGCAAUAUCAAAUGAAUGCAACGCAAAUUUUAUCUCUGUGAAAGGACCUGAACUACUGAAUAUGUACGUAGGAGAAAGUGAACGUGCUAUCCGUUUAAUAUUCCAGCGGGCAGCCAUAAGCGCUCCAUGUGUUAUUUUUUUCGAUGAAGUUGAUUCUAUUUGCUCAAAAAGAAAUAACGAUAGUGCAAAGGUUUAUGAACUGGUUGUAAAUCAACUUUUGACAGAGAUGGAUGGGAUUAAAAAUAGGGAAUAUGUAUAUAUUGUUGCUGCUACAAAUCGUCCGGAUAUGAUUGAUUCAGCUAUGCUGAGACCUGGUAGAUUUGAAAAGUUAAUGUAUGUUCCCUUGCCAAAUUAUGAAGGUCGUAUUGACAUUUUGAAGAAAAUAACGUCGAAAGUACCCAUGGAAAAAGAUAUAGAUUUGAGUAUAUUAGCUCAAAAAACUGAAGGGUAUAGUGGAGCAGAUUUAGCAUAUCUGGCACGGGAAGCUGGAAUAUCCGCUAUUGAAGAAAUAAAAUCUAAGGUUACAGGAGAAAAUUGGGAUUCUACAAAGAUGUUUCACAAAAUCGCGCUACCAGAAAAUGCGAAGCUGAACAUGAAGCACUUUAGUGUCGCCCUAACAAAAACAAUACCAUCGGUAAAACAACACCAGUUAGAUUUCUACGAAAAUUUCAGGAAAAAACAUCACCAAUGUAAAUAA